ACCAUGACAACAGCAGAUGUCCAGUUUGAAGCAUCAGAUGAGUCCUCAGAAAAUGAAUUAUUAGAACGUAGUUUAUCUGUAUGGCAUGGCUGGGAUGUCAAAGAUGAAUCAUCAAUACCUCUAGAUCUUCAUACAGCCUCUAGUAUAGGCCAUUAUGACAGUGUUAAGUCCUUUAUAUCCAGAAAGGUUGAUUUAGACAAGAAGAAUAGAGGAGGAUGGACACCUUUAAUGUAUGCAUGUUACAUUGGGCAUGACAAUAUAGUGAACCUUCUACUAGAAGCCUCUGUUGGUGUCAAUGAACAAAACAAUAAAGGACAGACUCCACUCAUGUUAGCUGCUAGCUGUGGAAAUGAAAGUGUUGCUUACUUUGUUUACCAGCAAGGAGGCGACUUAGAAGCUAGAGACAGAAAAGGAUGGACAGCCUUAUUUCAUGCAACAUAUGCUGGACAUCAGAAUGUUGUGAAAUUUCUUUUAGAACAAGGAGCUCAUAUCAAUGCCGUAGAACCUAUUCAUGGAUUAACUCCCUUUAUGGAGGCUGCAGCUGAAGGUCAUGAAAAGAUUGUACAGUUAUUUCUCCAACAUAGAGCACAUAUAAAUGCCAAGUCCUAUAAAAAUGAAACAGCGAGAUCAUUAGCACUGGUAUAUAACCAUGUAGCAAUCGUCAACUUGAUAGAUAAUGCUCUGCGUCCUGGAGUUUCAUUACGUUCAGAGCCAGGUUUGGAUGGAGAUUUAAGUUCAUCAGAUGACAAUUUGCCACAGAAGAGAAGACACCAAUCAAGAAGGUCUAAUAAUAAAGGAGGUCCAAGUAUUAGAGAUGGACCAGAAGCAAUAGCUAGACUUAUAGACAGAUCUCGUAAUCCUCCAACUAGUACUGGUGAUACCUGUGUACCAAAAGGUUAUGUUAGUUUUCCUCAGCCUACAGAAGAAACAACACCACAGUUAUCAUACAGAGAUGUAACUUCACCUAUCAACAUGCAAGAUUAUGCUCUAGAUAGUUCUGGUGGUAGAGAUUCUUGUGAUAAUGAUCCAGAUGAUGAUGGAAAUGCGUUCUCAAAGACUGGUGCUCUAACCAUAAAGAGCAGCUCUGGUUCCUCUGGUGGACUCAUGUCAGCAUUAGGAUUAAGUCGGGACAAUAGUGUUGACAGUGACGACUAUCAGCCUCACAGCAGUAUAUCAUCACAUGAUGGUAGUAUAGGGGGUGCUAUGGGGAAUCUGUCAUUAGGUGGAAGCACUGGCAGUUUAAAUGGAAGUGCUCUAUCACCAGCUUCAAGCAUUAAUUUUGAUCUUCAACAGAGUAAAGAUGUCAGAACUGCAAAUGUACCUCAAGAUAACAAUGCAUAUAAAAUGACACCUAGUGAUAUUCUAGCAAAUCAGGGGAAGACAACUCUGGAAAACCGUGGCAAUGUUAAGCCUAGGGAUAUUGGUAUAAACUACACCAAUCAGAAUGUUGUAAACAAUGGUGCUACUAUUGAUGAUUAUAAUAAGAAAGGAUUUCCUAACAUAGGUGCAGAUUUCGGUGCUCAACUUGGGCAGUUAUUUCCACAGAAUCCUGCUGCCAGGACAGACCAACAAUUCUUCAAGCAAGGGGAGGGUAAUAACACAGGAUAUCCAGAAGAUUUACAUACUUUAUUAGAACAGUUGAGUCUGACUAAAUAUUUACCUGUAUUUGAAGAACAAGAAAUAAAUCUGGAAGUGUUCCUGUCUCUUACUGAUAAUGAUCUCAAAGAAAUUGGUAUACAGUUAUUUGGACCAAGAAAAAAGUUGACCAAUGCAAUAGCCAGAUGGCACAGUCAAGCACCUAUGGCUAUAAGUAACCAGUUAGAACAGGCCUAUGCAGAUAGGCUGGAGGGACAAUUGCAAGAAAUGGCUGUGCAGUUACAUAAGGCUUAUGAGCAAGUAGAGACGGUGAAAGCUCAGGUUUUACAAGAACAACAGAUUCGUAGUGUGACAGAGACGUGUUUAACUGAAGAAAGAGCUGUCUGGCAUCAUGUUCAGAGACUUAUAGUAGAUACUCGCAAAAAAUGUGAAGAAAUGAAAGAGUCUUUACGGAAAUUAAAACAUAUUCAAUGUGAUAUAAAAGCCAAACUUUUACCUGAUUGGAGGGAUGACAAGAAAUCUCAACAAUUAGUGAAAAGUGAUAUAAAUUCUAGUGACCAAAGUGCAAUAAGAGACAACAUUUCAUUGGAUGACAGAAGUAGAACUUCAACCAAUGACAGGGCAAAUACUGAACUGUUGAUAAAGAAAACAGAACAGUAUACUAAAGAACUUCAAAAAUGUAUAUCAUCAGUUACCAUGACAACAGAUAGAUUACUUGGAAGAACUUCACAAAAUAGGGAUGGAGGAUAUACAUGACAUAUCCCCAUAUGUUUAAAGGGUAAUUAGACAUCUUAAGAGAGGGGGUUCUGUUUAAUCUCUGUCUUUUUAUGUCUUUGUAUCUGUCUUCAUUACCUACUUUCUUUCUCAUUUUUGUUAUCUUGUACAUCACAUUUUGAUGACCUUACGUAUAUCAGCUUAUGUAUCUAGGUUAAGUGUACUGUGUAGUGAGAGGUAAAUGAUAUAUCGUUAAACAGUUGUAUCCAUCAUAGUUAUACAGGUUAUGUGUAAUUUGUUUUUAAGUAGGAGCCACUUACAAUGGGUAUUAUUCCUUAAAUAUUUGGAAUAGUGUUUCAUUUAAUACAUUAGGUGUUCCCAUUUUUAUGCCCCCGCCGUAGCGGAGGGGGUAUUAAGUUUUACCCUUGUCCGUCUGUACGUACGUCAGUCUGUACGUCCCAAAAUUGGUUUCCGUUCUCUAACUUGAGUUUGCCUCAACCAAAUGUUAUGAACAUAUACACAAUGCUUAUUACCACAAAACACAGAUCAAGUGUGAAUUUUGGUGGCGUCACUUUAACCGUUCUAGAGUUAUGCCUCUUUAUAAAUGGAAAAAUUGCAAAAUUUUUAGUUUCCGUUCUCUAACUUAAGUUUGCCUCAACCAAAUGUUAUGAAACUUAUACACAAUGCUUAUUACCACAAAACACAGAUCAGGUUUGAAUUUUGGUGGCGUCACUUAACCUGUUCUAGAGUUAUGCCCCUUUAUAAUGGAAAAAUUACUAAAUUUUUAGUUUCUGUUCUCUAACUUAAGUUUGCCUCAACCAAAUGUUAUGAAACUUAUACACAAUGCUUAUUAUCACAAAAUACAGAUCAAGGGUAAAUUUUGGUGGCGUCACUCAAACCUUUCUACAGUAAUGCCCCUUUAUAAAUGGGAAAAUUGCAAAACUUUUAGUUUCCGUUCUCUAACUUAAGUUUGCCCCAACCAAAUGUUAUGAAACUUAUACACAAUGCUUAUUACCACAAAACACAGAUCAAGUUCAAAUUUGGGUAGCGUCACUUUUACCGUUCUUCAGUUAUGUCCCUUUAUAACUAUAUGAUUUUAAAGCGGGGGCAUCAUCUGUGUCCACAUGUGGACACAAUCCACAUUUAUUAUUAAUGCUGCAAUGUCACAGCCACUCAAUCCUGCUUUAUUUUACUCUAAACUUUUAUGUUCUGAAAUAGAUCACAUAUUAAUUUUCUGAUAAGGUCUGUUGAAGAAAAGUUUUUAUGAUAGGAUGCUGAUAUUUGGAAACUUUUUGCAAGAUGAUGCCUUAUCAUUUCUAAGUAGACGAAAAGUCCUAAUCACAAGUCAUAUUUAAGUGUUUUCAAAUAAAUAGUACUAUGUGAAUUGAAAAAUGUACUUUGCAAGGGAUUUGCAUCCUGCAUAUAUGCACAUACUCUCAUAGACAAUUUGUUGUUUUAAGAUUUUGUAGACGAAAAGGCAAGAUAAACCUGUGUUAGUAAUACAUAACACUGACAUAAAUGAAAUUUUUAUAUAUACCCAUUUAUUGCUUUUUUAAGGGUUUUUUUAUACUUUUUUUACAGAAUAAUCAAAAUGGUUGUCAGGUGAUUAUUUUCUAACCCUCUCAAUGUUGUUGUUGUAUAAUGCUCACCUUAAAUGUUGGAGGUUGUGGGUCAAACUAAUAAGGACUUGGUAUUCUUUAUUCAUUUGAUAUUUGCUGCUUUACAUUUAAACACACUGUUAGAUUUAAAAAAAGUUCCAAUAUGUCAUUCCAGAGUUAUGGAACUUUGACGGUCAAAUAAAUAAAAGGCAUUUAUUAAAUAUCACGCAAUAGCUCUUGUAUGCUUGGAUCAAAUUACUACAUAUGUAAUGAAGUCAGUAAAUGGAUAAAUGAAUUUUAUUAUGUAAUUACAAAGUCAAGAAUGUUUCUAAAGUUCAAAUGUUCAAAUGUUCACAAAUUGUCUCCAAAGUUAAAAUGUUCGAAAGUUCAAUAAAUUGUCAUACUGACAUGUGAUCGUAUAGUGGUAUAACUGUUCAGUCCUGAUGGAGUACAUUCGGAUAUUAAGUGCAUUAGUUCCAGCCUACCCACGAGGGGGAAGACUUGAUGGAAUCUGCAGUUUUAGUCCAAAGCUGGAUCUAAUAUAGUUCAGAGGGUCAUCAAUCAGCUUUCAACAAUAGCCCAUAACUGUCGGUAGUUUAUAGAGUAGUCUAGCUAUUAAAUAAUACAUGUACUAGGUCAAGCCGUGGACAAUGCUAUUAACAUCUGCACAAUGCAAUUAAUGUCUGCAGAAUACAUGUACAAUACAUGUCUGCGAGGUACAUGUACUUGUAUCAAUUAUGUUAGACUGGAAUACACCUUGUUUAAUAUUGUACUCCCCCCAAUUGUGUAACACAAACGUAAUACUGUUGGUUAGGAUUGAUAAAUGUAGACUCGCUUUUGAUUUUGAAAUUUUCUGGUUUGUCGUUCCAGAGUUAUGGGACUUUUAACAGUCAUAUUUGAUGCAAUAUUUAUAUGCCUAAGAGUAUCCUCAUGCAUAUUUUUCUACAGAGCCGUUUUAUUGCUUCUGGUUAAAUGCCUUCUUAAUAUCCCAUUUUGUUCUUGCAACAAUUUCAUUAUGUACAAUAAGGAAGCAUCAUGGGAUGUUGGUGUAGCUGCUUAUUAUUUGUGGUUAAUGUUUCCAGGUGUGUUACAUACCAUAGACAAUACAUUUUUUGAGGAAAAAGUUGUUGAAAAAUAAGAAAAAACUCUUGCAAUUAGAUAUUAUCUAUCAGGUAAUGUGUUUUGAACAUAUUUCUGUUUUUGAGUGCAAUUAUUGCAUAGUAUUGAUCUGUGUUGAUUCCAUAUAAAACUGAUUGGCUGUUGUAACAAGAGUCUUUGUAAACAUUGACACUAAAAUAGCAGAUGAGAUAAAUUUUUAUCUUUAUCACAAAGUCCAAUAUACUUUAUACAUUCUUGCAAGUUGUCAUAUCUCAGAGCAAUUUUCUUUUCUUUUUUACAUUUUUGAUUUAACCUAUAUCAAUUUGGUAACUCUUAGAUUGAAUUGUCUGCUUGCAAGAAAAAUUAAAUGACAUAGGCCCAUUUUUAUCAUCACAUGUUAAACUAGCCGUCCAUCUUGUUUUGUUAUCUUAUUUACUUUUUAGUAUUAUAUCUUUUAUAUAUUUUAAUAUUACAGUUUAAUGGGUUUAAAAAUCCAUUGUUAGAAAAAAAGAAUGCAUGACUUUUUUCACUGAAGAAAAUUUUUUGAAGAUACACAUUUUAUUACAUGUAUCUCAUUUUCAACUCUUCAAUCAUGCUUCACUGUAUAUGAAGCAAAUACCUUGUUAAAUGUUGAAUUUUAUUAUCAAGUUAGUUUUUGUUGACUAACUGAGGGAUAUCCACUGCUAAAUAUGUGUAAUCCUAUGGCUGUGUAUCUACAAAUGGUAUUUCAUUUGCUUCAAAGAGGGCAAGACAUAAUCUAUCUGUUAACAGUUUUAGAAGCUUUUAUUAUUUAUACAUGUUUUAUUAGAUUGAAAAUUAUUUUCAUCUUUAUCAAUAUACUAUUCUAAUGUUGUGAAUAUAUUUAAAGAUACUAGAAGUAAUCAUUUUGUGCAAAUUGCAAUACGGCAUAAUUUUUAAUUCAGCAGUUUCAGUCUUCAGAAAACCGCAUUUUAAUCUCUUGCAAAGAAAUUUGUUUUAAUUCAAAAAAAAAUAAUGUAAACAGUUAUUACCCUUAACAUUACACUCUAAAAAUAUAUAU